UGAGUUUUCAACCUCAAAGUGAUAUUGUGUGUUUGUGCAGAGUAAAAAAGCAAAUUUACUUAUCAAUAUGAACCAAUCCCAGAAUAUCAGCCACCAAGCCGGCCAGGCCAAGGGCCAGGCUGAGGAGAAGGCUAGUGGCAUGAUGGACCAGAUGAGCAAUGCUGCCCAAUCUGCCAAGGAAUCAUGCCAAGGGGCUGGUCAGCAGAUGAAGGACAGGGCACAGGGAGCAGCUGAUUCUGUCAAAGAUGCAGUUGGAGCCAACAAAAAUUAAGCUGAUCUCAUCCCAAACUAGUUUUGGUGUUCCCGUUUUCUGUUUUUGUUUGGUUGAUCUUUCUUGACUUGUCCAAAUCCAUUUAAAUAUUUUAAAAUUCCGAUAAGAUUUAUAAAAUAAAAUAACAUUGUAGGUGUUUACCUUUGAAUUUUUUGGACCGUUUAAUGGUUAUGUAUUUACUUUACAAAAUUUUUGGAUCUUUGGAUUAAAUGCUAUGGGGAUAUGAAAAAGAAAAAA